AUGAGCGACUUUGAGCCUAAACAAGGUCUGUAUACCAAGAACACUGUGUUUCGACGGGCGGCAACGCUGACGUCCUCGCUAGUCGACCGCUCCUCUAUAUUUGAGAUUGUGCCCAUGUACGACGCGCAGAGGCUCCGACCCGAGGCUUUAAAACUCCUUGAACUCCUUGCCUUUCUUGGCACCGGCCUGCCCGAGGACCUCGUCAAGGCCCUGGCCCUCGAGCUGCUGCCUGCUGACAACGACGACUUGGACACGACCUACGACUCGGCGGCGUACGUCGCGGGGCGCGACGUGCUGGCCAUGGAGCCGCUCAUCGUGCUCGAGGGCCCCAGGCGGCGGCUCGUACUCUUAGACGCUCUGCAGGACCAGGUAAUUGCGACGCUAAGCGAUUCGAAGCGGCACCACUUCUUCGUGGGUGUCACAAGGAGGAUCUGGGCGAGGUGGCCGGCAGGGCUGCCAGCGCCGACGCAGCGCGGGGUGCUGCCGGAGCCUGGGAGGUGGACGCAGCAGCAGGGGCUGCUCAGCUUGCUCUGCGCCAAGCUGAUGACAGAAAGAGCAUGGUACCAGAUUGAACGCGGCUUCCGAUCGAAAAUUUUGCCGACCCUCAUCACUGCCAUGGAGAUUGGGCUCAAGACCGAGCACCCCGACCAGCAGGCCUUUAUUGCCGACGUACACUUCUGCCUCGGCGUGGUUGCCAUGGAGUCCAACGACUUUGCUGUCAGCCGCAUCAACAAGGAGAAAUUUUUCGAUGCCGUCUCCCAGGUCUGCACCGCCCUCGGCGUCGAAGAUGAGCGGCUCGCGGUGGCCUACGCGGAGCGCGGCAUCUCGCGCGUGCAGGAUGCGCAAUACGACGAGGCAGUAGCGGACCUUGGCGCGUCAAUCCGCAUUAUGCGACGGCUGCGCGGAGGCGCGUAUGUACCGCAAGUGGCGGAGGCGAACAUGGCGUGGGCACUGAUUGCGAAAAACCAACUUGAAGAGGCUGGCGCGCUGCUGGCGGAGAGCUUGGAGGCGAGACGAGAGCGGCUCGGCGAGCACGACGUGGAGGGUACGGCGACCGGGCAGCUCCUUGCGGCGAUGGCAGCGCUGCGGGCCGUGCAAGGCGAUUUGGACGGCAGCCAUGCACUUCACCAGCAGGCGUGGGAGCACCUCCGGAAGGUGGUCGGUACGCGCGACCCGUGCACCGCGCGGGUUACGCACCAGCUCGCCGAGCACCUCUUGAGCCAGAGGCAAACAGAGGAGGCUUUGACCUUGAUCAACGACGCGCUCAACGUUUGGAGCCUCGACCCGCUCGCGAACCAGAACGAGGAGGCGCGGACAGUGUAUCUGAAGUGUCGGGCGAUGGCGGCGCUGGGAAGGUCGGAAACUGCAAUGAGGUUGCGUGACAAGGCGAUAAUGCUGUAUAAUGCAAUCACAACGGAGAGCAAGGAUGCGAACACCAUACGUGUGGCGGACUUUGAUGCCCUCGUGCCGUUUUGGUCUCGGUAG